AUGCCCUCGCGAAGCGAUUCCAGCUACUCCCUGACCGGCCCCACCUCGCACAGCUUCACCCACCUGCGGGUCCAGCGCGCCUGGCUGCAGGUCAUCCUUCUCCUGGGCUUCAUCCAGAUGAUCCUGGGCAUCCUGAUCGUCACCUUCAGCCUCCUGGUGACCACCAUCGUGCCCGGGCAGAGUAUCCGCAAUUCUUGCCCCAUCUGGGCUGGUUUUCCGCUGGCAUUCUCUGGACUGGUUGGCAUCGUUUCCUGGCGGCGUCCUUUCACCCCGGUGAUCACCUUCUUCACGCUUCUGUCCGUGCUGGGAAUCAUGCUUAGCCUGGCCGGCUCCGUCCUCUCCUGCCAAAAUGCCCAGAUGAUCAGAUCCCUGGACCCCUCCUGUCAGCUGACGACCGUUCAGUCCCCAAAGGAAGUGUGUGAGUGUUGCAUCACGCGGUCGGGCAUCUCCAGGCCCCACGUCAGUUCCUGCCCCCUGGAGACUGUCCGCAUGUACCCAAAUCCCGACUGUCCCAAAGCCCGCCAGGCUCUCAAAGACCUGUUCUUCAGUGUUUGCGGCCUGACUAUUUUCUCCAUCCUGGUGUGUGUGCUUUCUGCCCUCAUGUGUUGCAUCCACAUCUUCUCUUUGGACAUCCUCCACGCGCUCUCCCCUCCCCGCUCCAGCUCCGUGACUUUGGACUGCACCUCUCCCCCGGACACUUUCCUGCAGAACAUGCUGGACCUCGAAGAAUUCGUUCCCCCUGUGCCUCCACCGCCGUACUACCCUCCAGAGUACACCUGUAGCUCAGAGACGGAUGCCCAAAGCAUAACCUACAACGGCUCCAUGGACAGCCCUGUGCCGCUGUACCCCACCGACUUCCCCCCCAGUUAUGAAGCUGUUAUGGGGCUUCAUGGGGAUAGCCAGGUGACGCUGUUCGAUUCGCAGUUCACAGACACGUCGCAUGGCCCUUGCACCUGUAACCAAAUUCCUUCUGUUGUGCUCAGCGGAGAAGCUGUUUCCAUGGACAGCGGCUCCCUGGUCAUGUCGGAAAUCGUAGACAUCCCUGGUGACAGCAGCCCUUCGGAGGACUCGUGCCUGCUGGAGACGGGCGGCUCCGCCCGCUCGGUCGACUACGUCCUCUUCCGCUCCAUCCAGCGCAGCCGGGCUGACUACUGCCUGAGCGUGGACUGCGGGCAGUGCGGCCUGCAUCCUCAGAGCCCCACCCUGCAGGGCCCUUUCGAGGAGGUGCCGCGUCCGCGUCUCCGGGGCGAACGCUCCUACUCCUGCUCGACGCCCAGCACGGGCUACGAGGGCUUGCCGGAGGCGGGCGGCGCCCUGACCCACAGUUGCCACCGCCUGGAAGGCCUGGGCCACAGCAUCGGACCCUGUUUCCCCGAGGUGCGGGUCAAGGCCAAGAGCUCGCUCCCGGGACGCAAAGCCCCCGGGCGGCAGCAGCGGCGGAGCAGCGAGGCUUCCUUCCGGCUGCCUUCGGCCUGCUGUCCCCUGCUGCGGUCCCACAGUGAUCCCGGAAUUACCUCAGCCAGUGACGCCGAAGGUGACUUCCAGGAGGUAUUCUGCACCAAAGCUUUGGAGGAUGACACGUCGAAUUCCUCUGAUACAGGGCCACACUUGGAGGCCUGCCUUCUACAUCCGCUGGGCCGCGAGCCGCCCUCGCUCUCACGGGGUCGCCAGUCAGGCAAGGCGAAGCUGGAGGUGCCGUGGAAGGUCACGCAGCACCUGCCCAAGACGGCCACCCGCUCCCUGGGGGAUCUGAAGGUGUGCCGAGGGACCCGGGGUCUCAUGGCCCGCUUUCUGCACAGGUCCAAGCGCAAUCUGGCUUCGCCGGGAGCGGAAACGGCUAGACACGGCCCCCAGGGACGGAAGCAGGGAAUACGAUGGCGGUUGGGGCGUUCCUCCCCCGAGGGGAUCCACUUACAGAGCUGCGGGGACCUAAGCUCUACCUCAUCUUUGCGCCGCCUGCUGUCGGCCCGCCGGCUGGAGCGGAGGCGUCCCCAUAGCCUCAGCGGACUCGUACGAGAGACUAACCUCUAA